UCCUCUCUCUUCUGAGGAGCUCCUUCCAUCAGCCUUCCUAUCCCACCUCUACAAGUAGGCUACGGAGAAAGUCCCUCGAGUUCUGUGGUUCUCAAAUUUUAGAAGCACCAGAACCACCUAGAGGGCUUAUUAAAACAUAUUGUCGGGGUGGCUCAAUGGGUAGAAUGUCAGCCCAUGCACUGAAGGGUUGAGGGUUGGAUUCCCAGUCAAGGGCAGGUAUCUGGGUUGCAGGUUCAAUCCCCUAGCCGGGGUCUGGAGCAUGUGGGAGCCGACUGAUCCAGGUGUCUCUCUCACAUCAAUGUUUCUCUCUUCCCCUUCCUUCCUCUCUAUCUAAAAUCAAUGGAAAAAACUACUCCGGUGAGGAUUACUAGUAACAACAAAAUAAAACAACACAACAGUAGAGCAGCCUUAGCAUAUCAUUAGCAUAUUGCGUCAUACCCAAAAUUUCUGAUUUAGUAAGUCUGAAGAGAGGCUUCAGAAUUUGAGCCCAGGAAAUGCUGAAGUUGCUGAUCUAGGGACUAUACCUGGAGAACUGCCUUAUCCUUUCAAUCUGCUUUCCAAGGCAGGUUUACAAGCGGUUAUACAGGAUUCUUGUUAAUGGUUACAAGAAAACAUUAAAGGGAUUACAUUGUUACUAGAUGGUCAAAGAAAGGCCACCCACACUUUCAUUCUCUCCAGGGCAAGGCUGGUCCCCACCCCCCACACGCAACCCAGGGAGAACCCCAGUUUCCCCUACUGUAUAUUGCAAGGAUUUAAUAAAAUUAAGCUCCUAAGGGACAGGUCUCUAAAUGGUGGCUAGUUUCCUCUCACAUCGCUAGUCAUCCAACCACUCAGAUCAGAUGCAGUCACAUCCUGCCGGCUCAUUAAGGGGUGGGCUGAAGAGAUAUAGGCAAUGGCGCCACUAAGGACAGAAGGAAGUCCCAGGUGCGGUCCCCACGGGCACCUCGCUGGCCAGGUGCAAGGCUCGGGAGCAGAGGGUGGAGUUAGCGCCGCGCGGGAGCGUAUGCUUCCGGCCACGUGAUCACGCUCCGCGCCAAUGGGAGGGCUGGACGUCAGCCCCGCUUCCUCACCGUGGCAACGGGCUGGUGACUACUUCCGGUGCUGUGAGGGCUCGGGGCUGAUGCGGGGUAAUUCCUCUCCUGCAAUUCCUUUUGGAUGGAAAUAUGCUUUUUUUCCAGUAGAAGAUGGUAAACUUGGAGAAUGACCAUGGAGAAGGGGAUGAGUUCUGGAGAAGGGCUGCCUUCCAGAUCAUCUCAGGUUUCGGCUGUUAAAAUAACAGCCAAAGAGUUGGAAACAAAGCAGUCCCAUAAAGAGAAGCGAGGGGGCUUUGUGUUGGUACAUGCAGGUGCAGGUUAUCAUUCGGAAUCCAAAGCCAAGGAAUAUAAACAUGUAUGCAAACGAGCUUGUCAGAAGGCAAUUGAAAAGCUACAGGCUGGUGCUCUUGCAACAGAUGCAGUGACUGCAGCUCUGGUGGAACUUGAGGAUUCUCCUUUUACAAAUGCAGGAAUGGGAUCUAAUCUAAAUCUCCUGGGUGAAAUUGAAUGUGAUGCCAGCAUAAUGGAUGGAAAAUCCUUAAAUUUUGGAGCUGUUGGAGCAUUGAGUGGAAUCAAGAACCCAGUCUCAGUUGCGAACAGACUCUUGUGUGAAGGGCAGAAGGGCAAGCUCUCUGCUGGCCGGAUUCCUCCCUGCUUUUUAGUUGGAGAAGGAGCCUACAGAUGGGCAGUAGAUCAUGGAAUACCUUCUUGCCCUCCUAACAUCAUGACCACAAGAUUCAGUUUAGCUGCAUUUAAAAGAAACAAGAGGAAACUAGAGCUGGCAGAAAGGGUGGAAACAGAUUUCAUUCAACUAAAGAAAAGAAGACAAUCAAAUGAAAAGGAGAACGACUCAGGCACUUUGGACACAGUGGGCGCUGUGGUUGUGGACCACGAAGGGAACGUUGCUGCUGCUGUCUCCAGUGGAGGCUUGGCCUUGAAACAUCCAGGGAGAGUUGGGCAGGCUGCUCUUUAUGGAUGUGGCUGCUGGGCUGAAAACACUGGAGCUCAUAAUCCCUACUCCACAGCUGUGAGUACCUCAGGAUGUGGGGAGCAUCUUGUACGCACCAUACUGGCUAGAGAAUGUUCACACGCUUUACAGGCUGAGGAUGCUCACCAAGCUCUGCUGGAGACUAUGCAAAACAAGUUUAUCAGUUCACCUUUCCUGGCCAGUGAAGACGGUGUGCUUGGAGGAGUGAUUGUUCUUCGAUCUUGCAGAUGUUCUGCAGAGCCUGACUCCUCCCAAAAUAAGCAGACACUUCUAGUGGAGUUCCUGUGGAGCCACACGACGGAGAGCAUGUGCGUUGGCUACAUGUCAGCCCAGGACGGGAAAGCCAAGACUCACAUUUCCAGACUCCCUCCCGGUGCGGUGGCAGGACAGUCUGUGGCCAUCGAAGGUGGGGUGUGCCGCUUGCAGAGCCCAGUGAACUGAACCUUCAAGCUGAGCAUGAAGCACCUGAGGGCAUUUCAGAACCUGAGCUUUCCAUAUUUUUAACAGAAGUUGGAUGUCCUGUCCUAUUGUCUUCAUUUUAUAACUCCUAUUGCAGCCUCGCACACCGCUGGUGACACUAGUGCUGCCACAGUGAGUGCUAGUGACACACCGGCCUUUGGUGGGCGGGUGGGCUGAGUGCACGAGUGUGUGCAUGAGUGCGUGUGCGUGUGUGUGUGUGUGUGUGUGUGUGUGUGUGUGCAGCGUGAGUGCUUGCUUCUCCCUGAUGAAAUAGAAACUCCCCCAUAUUGCGUAACCUAAGACCAGGAAUGAGUCAAUCAUCUUUACAAAAUGUGUGCUUUAACUGUUUACAAGUCAAACCUAAAGUUGCAGGAAACAUUUUUUAUUUCGUAAAGAGGUACCAACUGUCAUCGAUGUAAUGUGUCUGAAUUGAAGGGUAAAUCUGCUUGUUUAAAUGACUUGACAGUGGUAGUGCUCCAUUUAGUAACAGUAAUAAGUGAUAAAGUGUUUUUAUUGGUUAACCAGUUUAAGUGGAUCCUGUGGUGACUUAAACUGUUAUUCUCAUCCCUCAUAUGGGGCAUUUUUCUUUAACAAAGAAUGGUUUCAGUGAAACAAUCUAGCAGAGAAUCAAGGUCAGAACCUUUUAAAAUAAUAGUCUUAUUGACAAAGUUUGUACUUCUUCCCUCAAGCCUUUCUAAACAUAAUAGCUUCGAGCUGUGUGUACUGUAUUAUGAAAGGAUAUGUAAAGAAACCAUACGGUAAUGCAGUCCUUAAUUUGUGUAUAAUGGAAUGUUAUUUACAAUGUAACACUGUAAAUAAGAAAGCAAAAUUUAUGGGAAAAUUCAAUAUUAUCUUUGUUUCUUGUUUAAAUAUAUUUUUAAGGUAAAGGCACAAAAAUAAAAGAAGCAUAUUACUGGGUAUAGUGUGUGACUCCUCAGACUAAUAAAUUAUCUUUUGAAUCCUA